AACUUUAAAAUUCGACGGAAAUUAAUUUUCAAUUUCAAUCAACCGCGCCGCAUUACAAUCGCGUGUUACUCCCACUGUUACAGGCGGGGAAAAAGAUUGGCACUCUAUCGUCUCCGUCCGUGAUUCUGUUUCAGGAGAUUUCGACGGCAAUUGGCCGUUCGGUGAAUCAGAUUCGGAAACCCUAAUCCAUGUUGGUGGAUUAAUUUCAGUUCGGGAUGUCUCAGUUGUGUCACAACCUCACCGUUUUUCCGGCGGAAUCCGACACCGAAUCCGCUGAUUUAGACCAUGUUCCCUUGGCGGUACGAAGAAGGUUGUUGCUAUCGAGAGACAGGGUUCAUGGAUGUGCUCAACGUACCCAUGCUACCGAGUCGACGUCGAAGGUUGAUAUUGCCGUGAAAAAGGAAGACGAUUCCUCCAAUUUUCUGGAAUUACGUGUCAAAGAAAAUGAACACGAUAUGGAGUCAAGUGGUGAUGCUUUAGAAACCGUAGUCACUGAAAUUUCAGAAGAAUCUGCUGGAGUUGGUUGCUGUCAAGAGAUGGUGUCAAGUGGUGUUGCUAAAGAAACGGCAGUCACCAGAAUUUCAGAAUCUGCUGAAGUUGGCUGCAGUAAAUAUAUUGGUGAUUUUGGAAAUCUGAAAGCAUGUGAUGACAUUCUAGCAUGUAACAAUGCCCGAGAAGAUUCAAGUAGAAUAGGAAAAGUUGAAGAAAACUUAGGACAUGAUGAUCUUGAACAUAUCACGCUCAAAGAACGGCGAAAAAUACUGCUACAAAGGAUGACUUUAACUUCGGGAAAACCCCACAUAGAGGGAUGUUCUGAAGAGUCUUCAGAAGCUUGUGAUGAAAGCAAUUUGUAUAAAAUAAAAACCGAGCUUUCAAAGGAAAAUGGUAUAGCUUCAUUUUCGGGAAGCCAAUUUAGUGGUUUUCUUGAGAAAAUUGAUUCUAUCCUUUGUAAAAGUAUUAGUAUAGGUUCAGAAUCUGAAAGCCAGCCUAGUGGAACACAGGAGGGAAAUGAUUCCAUUGUUAAGGAGCAGCCAUGUAAUGGUUCACCUGAAGGCAGUCUCUUUGGUUUCUCUGAUGCAGAUUAUGGUUACUCCCUGUUAGCUAGUAAUGGCCAUGCAGCUGCAGGCAAAAGACUGAGAAUAAGUGUUAAAAAUACUGAAAAGGACUCUCCAUCGGUGAAAACAAGUGAUAUACAUGGUUCGGUCUUGCAGAAUUAUCUUCAGGUAAAGCUUGAGCCUUCAGAUAGUUGGCCUGUGCAAGACAUACAUGGGAAGAUUCCUGGUAACUUUGAGCAAGUUCAAGUGAAAAGAGAAACAGAAACCCCUGACGGAAAUGACAUAGAUUGCAUGAAAUUGAGUUCCCGGAUUAGUUCAGUGCCUGCUCAGAAUCCUUUGGAUUCUGUUGAGCAUGUUAUCGUGAAAACCGAAGCAGAAACCUCUCAUGAAAUUGACGAAGACGAGCUAGAUAACAUGAAAUUGUGUGAUCGGAUGAAGCUGCUAGCAUCUUCUCAUAAAUCUACGAGUUGUUAUACUUCAGGUGAAGAUUUAUACUCUUUCUCAGAUUUUAUCUUGCCCUCAUCCGAGAAUAUCAAACCUUUGAGAAUGCUCCGUACUCGGAAAAGAAAAAAGACUGCGACGAAUUCGAUUGAAACAGCUCUGGAGGAAGAUGCUCCUGGCCUUUUACAGGUUCUGCUUAACCAAGGGGUAUUAGUGGAUGAACUUAAGCUUUAUGGGGAGACUGACUGUUUUGAUGACCUGAAUGACUCACUUAUUGAAGAGAGCUUUUCAGAACUUGAAGCUAUUAUGUCUCAGCUUUUCUUUAAGCGAGAAACAUGCACAAAACUUCUUCCGUUACGGUGUACAAAAAGCUCAAGAUCUAGCUAUUGCUUGACCUGUCUAUUUGCAUUGGUUGAACAGGCACGUUAUCUGCGAUUUCGCAAGUGGCCUGUGGAGUGGGGUUGGUGCCGAGACCUCCAAUCUUUCAUAUUUGUUUUCGAGAGGCAUAAGAGAAUAGUCAUGGAACGACCCGAAUAUGGAUUUGCCACAUACUUCUUUGAAUUGGCGGAUACAUCACCAAUCGGUUGGCAGAUCAAGCGGUUAGUGACCACCAUGAAACUGGCUGGUUGUGGCAGAAAUGCAUUGAUUGAGAACAAACCAUUACUGGUGGGGGAAGACUUGAGCGAAGGGGAAGCCCAAGUGUUGACAAAGUACGGUUGGCUUCCAAACACGGGCUUGGCAACGAUGCUGCAUUAUCGUGACAGGGUCUUCCAUGACAGGAAGAACGAGAAGGAAAGCUCGGAGUGGAGGUCCAAGAUAUGUAAACUUCUGGUCGAGGGCUACGCAGGUGGAACUAUUGUUUCAAAUACGGUAGCUGAUAAGGAAACUGGAGAUGAUGUCUUGAUACAGCCACUGGCACAGGUAAAGCCUGAGCUUUGUUUGGAUUAAAGAGUAGUGCAAAAUGUGGUAUACAGAAUCAGUGUAGGUAUCAUUCAUCUUUGGGAAAUUAGGAGGAAAGAUCUGUGCUGUCCAUAAUAUGAAGUCUUCAGAGAAAGGUUUAUUAGGAGCUGGUUUAGUUCGGUUUAGAAUCAAGACAAUUUUCAAACAGGUUGGUUUGGUUCUUUAUAUCCUUUUUUUUCUUCCAAAUACUGUCAUAAUUUGUUAUCUAUCUAUAUGGCGUGUUUAAUCACAUACUACCACCACUAAUCACGAUCUGUUUUUCCUUUGAAAAUUUCCGUGUACUAUGUUCAUGAA